AAUAUAAAGCAAAACCACCAAUGUCAUGUCAUCGCAUACGCUAAAUACAAACGAUAAGGACUUGUUAGAUUCAAUUUCCAAAUUAGUAACUUCCCAUUUAAAAGUAAAUGAUGACAAUUUCACAAUAACAAAGUUCUUACUCAAUCUUUAUAAACAAACAUUGAAUACAUCCAAACCAGGUAGAUUGAUCGAAUUUAAACGAAUAGUUAAGGAUAAUGGAGGUGAUGGAUUUCCAGCUGAGUUCAUUAAUCAAACAUUUAACUGUAUUGAGAGUUUAAAUCCAGGAAAACAAGAACUGGCACAUCUCCCUGUACUUCAUUUACAAAACCGUAUUGAAGACAAAAAUGAUAGACCUACAGAUGACCUGAGAUCAGUACGACAUGAACAUGAGCGAAAACCUAGAUAUGAUAUACGACGAGAGCUUCAUGAUUUACCUCUUCAAGUUGGUCAGAUAUACCGUGGCUAUGUUAGUGAAAUCACACCCUAUGGAGCAUUUAUAAGAUUAAGACUGCCAAAUAGUUACCAGUCUGGAUUAUGCCACAUUUCACAAAUUUCAGAUACAAGAAUCCACCUGGUCAAUGAUGUACUUAGUCUCGACCAACAAGUAUUUGUAAAGAUUACAGAAAUAAAGGAACAACAACGUCGACAGAGAAUAUCUUUGAGUAUGAAAGGUAUUGAUCAAGACACGGGAUUAGAAGAUCCAGAGGCGAAUGGGAAAGAGCGAGGAAGAUCCAAAGAAGUAAAGAAGCCAAUUAAACGAAAGUUAACCUCUCCUGAACGUUGGGAACUAAGACAGUUAAUAUCAUCUGGUACUGUCUCUAUCGAAGAUUAUCCAGAAUUAGCUGAGGAAGAAAACACCGAGUUUAAGCAUGAACCUGAAAUUGAAGUUGACAUUGUAUUAAACCCAACACAACCUAAAUUCUUAAAAGGACAGAAAUUGAAAUAUGAAUUGCCCACUUUGGAAAAUGUAUCCCAACCAGCUGGGUCAUUAAAGAAAAUUGCUGAAAAGGGAUCAGAAUUAGCUAAGGAAUUUAGGCAAGAGAAGUUAAAAGAAACAAAAGAAGCUACCAAAGAUCAAGAUGUAUUUGAUCCAUUAUUCCAAGAAGUAUCUGAAUCUGAUGAAUCCACCAACAAAAGAGAAACUUUCAUAUCACAAUGGAAAAAGUCCCAGAAGAAUGUCAAAUACGGUAAAAUUACAAGUCUUCCUAUUCAAAAACAGAGACAACAACUUCCAAUAUACUCCAUGAGAUCUGAAUUAGUUGAGCAGAUCCAAAAUAAUCAGUUUCUUGUCAUAGUAGGGGAAACUGGGUCAGGUAAAACUACACAAAUUGUACAAUACAUAAAAGAAGAAGAAAUUAACAAGACAUUAGAUGGGAAAACCAAGAUCAUCGGAUGUACCCAACCAAGAAGAGUUGCUGCCCAAUCAGUGGCCAAGAGAGUUUCGGAAGAAAUUGGCUGUAAAUUAGGUGAAGAAGUUGGGUAUACUGUUAGAUUUGAUGAUAAUACUAGUUCAUCUACUGUGAUUAAAUACAUGACUGAUGGGAUGUUGCAACGAGAGGCAUUGAAUGACCCAUCUAUGAGUAAAUACUCGGUAAUUAUGUUAGAUGAAGCUCAUGAAAGGACCAUCGCAACAGAUGUCUUGUUUGCAUUGUUAAAGAAAGCGGCGGCCAAGAAUCCAGAUUUGAAAGUGAUUGUAACUUCAGCUACAUUGGAUUCUGGAAAGUUUUCUGCUUUUUUCAACAAUUGUCCAAUUGUGAAGAUUCCAGGAAGAACUUACCCGGUGGAGAUAUUAUAUACUAAGGAACCCGAAACUGACUACUUGGCAGCUGCUUUAGAUUCAGUUAUGCAAAUACAUUUAUCUGAACCAGCGGGUGAUAUACUUGUCUUCCUUACAGGCCAGGAAGAAAUCGAUACUAGUUGUGAAGUUCUUUUCCAACGAAUGAAGAUCCUCGGUGAUUCGGUACCGGAAUUGAUUAUUCUUCCAGUAUACUCCGCGUUGCCUUCAGAAGUUCAAUCGAAAAUCUUUGAACCAACACCAGCAGGAUCAAGAAAAGUUGUGUUGGCAACUAACAUUGCUGAAACUUCCAUUACCAUUGAUGGAAUCUACUAUGUUAUUGACCCUGGGUUUGUUAAAAUCAACGCAUAUGAUCCCAAAUUAGGUAUGGACUCGUUAACAAUACAUCCCAUUUCUCAGGCCCAAGCAAAUCAAAGAAGCGGUAGAGCCGGUAGAACCGGCCCAGGAAAAUGUUACAGGUUAUAUACGGAACAAGCAUACAACAAGGAGAUGAUUGCCAAUACCGUUCCUGAAAUCCAGAGGACAAAUUUGUCUCAUACUAUCUUAAUGUUGAAAGCUAUGGGAAUCAAUGAUUUGCUUACGUUUGAAUUUAUGGAUCCACCUUCCAAUAACACCAUGUUGGUGGCAUUACAAGAUUUGUACACCCUCGAUGCAUUGGAUGAGGAGGGGUACUUGACGCAAUUGGGAAAGAAAAUGGCGGAUUUUCCGAUGGAGCCGGCAUUGGCUAAAACUUUGAUCAAAUCAGUCGAGUUUGAGUGUACCGAAGAGAUUCUCACUAUUGUGGCUAUGUUGUCUGUACAGACUAUAUUUUACCGACCUAAAGAACAUCAAAAAUUAGCUGAUCAAAGAAAACUUCGAUUCCAUCACCCAUUAGGUGACCAUCUCACCUUACUAAAUGUGUUCCAAUCAUGGCAGUUAAAUGGGUGUAGUAAAGUGUGGUGUCAAGACAACUUCAUCCAAGAAAGAAGUAUGAAGCGAGCCAUGGAUGUUAGAAAGCAGUUGAAAAGUAUAAUGACAAAGUAUGGCUAUAGGCUUACAUCUUGCGGUUCCAAUAUAGAUCUUAUUAGAAAGACAUUGUGUGCUGGGUAUUUCAAAAAUACCAGUAAGAGAAUUGCGAAUGAGGGUUACAAGACAUUAGCUGAGGAAACUGCCGUGCACUUGCAUCCAUCGUCUUGUCUAUUUGGGAAAAAUCCCGAGUAUGUGCUAUUUCAUUCGUUGCUUUUAACUACGAGGGAAUACAUGCAUUGUGUUACGGUAAUUGAACCUAAAUGGCUAUACGAAUUAGCACCAAAAUUCUUCAGACAAGGUGAAGGAGAGAAUAAGAAACAAGAAAAGAUUGUUCCAUUAUUCAAAGGUAAUAAAGAUGAAUGGAGAUUAAGCACGCAAAAGAAAAGAAAUUUAGGUAGAUAACUUGUAAAAUCUUAUAGAAUAGACGUAUCAUUAU